GCCCUAGCUUCGCCGUGGCCCAGCGCGCGGGCGGCGGGAUGAGGGGCAGCCAGCGGGCCGCGCCGGCCCUGCGGCCCCGGGGGCGGCUGUGGCCCGUGCUGGUCGUGCUGGCGGCCGCCGCGGCGCGCUGUGCCCGGGCAGCCAUGGACGAGUGCGCGGACGAGGGCGGGCGGCCGCAGCGCUGCAUGCCUGAGUUCGUCAACGCCGCCUUCAACGUGACCGUGGUGGCCACCAACACGUGUGGGACUCCGCCUGAGGAGUACUGUGUGCAGACCGGGGUGACCGGGGUCACCAAGUCCUGUCACCUGUGCGACGCCGGGCAGCCCCACCUGCAGCACGGGGCUGCCUUCCUGACCGACUACAACAACCAGGCCGACACCACCUGGUGGCAGAGCCAGACCAUGCUGGCCGGGGUGCAGUACCCCAACUCCAUCAACCUCACGUUGCACCUGGGAAAAGCUUUUGACAUCACCUAUGUACGCCUCAAGUUCCAUACCAGCCGCCCGGAAAGCUUUGCCAUUUACAAGCGCACGAGGGAGGACGGGCCCUGGAUUCCUUACCAGUACUACAGCGGAUCCUGCGAGAACACCUACUCGAAGGCAAACCGCGGCUUCAUCAGGACAGGCGGGGACGAGCAGCAGGCCUUGUGCACUGAUGAAUUCAGUGACAUUUCUCCCCUUACAGGGGGCAACGUGGCCUUUUCCACCCUAGAAGGAAGGCCCAGCGCCUACAACUUUGACAACAGCCCUGUGCUGCAGGAAUGGGUAACUGCCACUGACAUCAGAGUGACUCUCAAUCGCCUGAACACUUUUGGAGAUGAAGUGUUUAAUGACCCCAAAGUUCUCAAGUCCUAUUACUAUGCUAUCUCGGAUUUUGCUGUGGGGGGCAGGUGUAAAUGUAACGGACAUGCAAGCGAGUGUAUGAAGAACGAAUACGACAAGCUGGUGUGUAAUUGCAAACAUAAUACGUACGGAGUAGACUGUGAAAAGUGUCUUCCUUUCUUCAAUGACCGGCCAUGGAGAAGGGCAACGGCUGAAAGUGCCAGCGAAUGCCUGCCCUGUGACUGUAAUGGCCGAUCACAGGAAUGCUACUUUGACCCUGAACUAUACCGUUCCACUGGCCAUGGUGGCCACUGCACCAACUGCCAGGAUAACACAGAUGGCGCCAACUGUGAGAGGUGCCGGGAGAACUUCUUCCGCCUUGGGAACAAUGAAGCCUGCUCUCCGUGCCACUGCAGUCCUGUUGGUUCUCUGAGCACACAGUGUGACAGUUACGGCAGGUGCAGCUGUAAGCCGGGAGUAAUGGGGGACAAGUGUGACCGUUGCCAGCCUCGAUUCCAUUCUCUCACUGAGGCAGGAUGCAGGCCAUGCUCUUGUAACCCCUCUGGCAGCAUAGAUGAAUGUAAUGUUGAAACAGGAAGAUGCGUUUGCAAAGACAAUGUCGAAGGCUUCAAUUGUGAGAGAUGCAAACCUGGAUAUUUUAAUCUGGAGUCAUCUAAUCCUAGGGGUUGCACACCCUGCUUCUGCUUUGGGCAUUCUUCUGUCUGUACAAAUGCCGUCGGCUACAGUGUUUAUUCUAUCUCCUCUACCUUUCAGAUUGAUGAGGAUGGGUGGCGUGUGGAACAGAGGGAUGGCUCUGAAGCAUCUCUCGAGUGGUCCUCUGAGAGGCAAGAUAUCACGGUGAUCUCAGAUAGCUACUUUCCUAGGUACUUCGUUGCUCCUGCAAAGUUCUUGGGCAAGCAGGUGUUGAGUUAUGGUCAGAACCUCUCCUUCUCCUUUCGAGUGGACAGGCGAGACACUCGCCUCUCUGCAGAAGACCUUGUGCUUGAGGGGGCUGGCUUAAGAGUGUCCGUGCCCUUGAUCGCUCAGGGCAAUUCCUAUCCCAGUGAGACCACUGUGAAGUAUGUCUUCAGGCUCCAUGAAGCAACAGAUUACCCUUGGAGACCUACCCUUACCCCUUUUGAAUUUCAGAAGCUCCUAAACAACUUGACCUCUAUCAAGAUCCGUGGGACAUACAGUGAGAGAAGUGCUGGAUAUUUGGAUGAUGUCACCCUGGCAAGUGCUCGGCCUGGGCCUGGGGUCCCUGCAACUUGGGUGGAGUCCUGUACCUGUCCAGUGGGAUAUGGAGGGCAGUUUUGUGAGAUGUGCCUCUCAGGUUACAGAAGAGAAACUCCGAGUCUUGGACCAUACAGUCCAUGUGUGCUUUGUACUUGCAAUGGACACAGUGAGACCUGUGACCCUGAGACAGGUGUUUGUAACUGCAGAGACAACACAGCUGGCCCCCACUGUGAGAAGUGUAGUGAUGGUUACUAUGGAGAUUCAACCAUGGGCACCUCCUCUGAUUGCCAACCCUGUCCAUGUCCCGGGGGCUCAAGUUGUGCUGUCGUCCCCAAAACAAAGGAGGUGGUGUGCACCAACUGUCCUACUGGCACCACUGGUAAGAGAUGCGAGCUCUGUGACGAUGGCUACUUUGGAGACCCUCUAGGUGGGAACGGCCCUGUGAGGCUUUGCCGCCUGUGCCAGUGCAAUGACAACAUCGAUCCCAAUGCGGUGGGAAACUGCAAUCGCCUGACCGGAGAAUGCCUCAAGUGCAUCUAUAACACUGCUGGUUUCUACUGUGACCGGUGCAAAGAUGGGUUUUUUGGAAAUCCCCUGGCUCCCAGUCCAGCAGACAAAUGCAGAGCCUGCAACUGCAAUCCGUAUGGGACGGCGAAGCAGCAGAGCAGCUGCAACCCCGUGACCGGGCAGUGCGAGUGUCUGCCUCACGUGACCGGCCGGGACUGUGGCUCCUGCGACCCUGGAUUCUUCAACCUGCAGAGCGGGCAGGGCUGUGAGAGGUGUGACUGCCAUGCUCUGGGGUCCACCAACGGGCAGUGUGACAUCCGCAACGGCCAGUGUGAGUGCCAGCCUGGCAUCACCGGUCAGCACUGUGAACGCUGUGAGGUCAACCACUUUGGGUUUGGACCUGAAGGCUGCAAACAUGUAGACCAAAAUCUGAUGGAUCGCCUCCAGAGAGUGAAUAACACUCUGUCCAGCCAAAUUAGUCGUUUACAGAAUAUCCGAAAUACCAUUGAAGAGACUGGAAACUUGGCUGAACAAGCACGUGCCCGAGUUGAGAACACAGAACAGUUGAUUGAAAUUGCAUCCAGAGAACUUGAGAAAGCCAGAGUCGCUGCUGCCAACGUGUCAGUUGCUCAGCCAGAGUCUACAGGGGACCCAAACAACAUGACUCUUUUGGCAGAAGAGGCUCGAAAGCUUGCUGAACGCCAUAAACAAGAAGCUGAUGACAUUGUACGAGUGGCAAAGACAGCCAAUGAUACAUCAACUGAGGCUUAUAAUCUGCUUUUGAGGACACUGGCAGGAGAAAAUCAAACAGCAUUUGAGAUUGAAGAGCUUAAUAGGAAGUAUGAACAAGCGAAGAACAUCUCACAGGAUCUGGAGAAACAAGCCGCCCGAGUGCAUGACGAGGCCAAGAGGGCAGGUGAUAAAGCCGUGGAGAUCUAUGCCAGCGUGGCUCAGCUCACCCCUGUGGACUCAGAGGCGCUGGAGAAUGAAGCAAAUAAAAUAAAGAAGGAAGCCGAGGAUCUGGACCGCCUGAUAGACCAGAAGUUAAAAGAUUAUGAGGACCUCAGAGAAGACAUGAGAGGGAAGGAACUUGAAGUAAAGAACCUUCUGGAGAAAGGAAAGACCGAACAGCAGACCGCGGACCAACUCCUAGCCCGAGCCGAUGCCGCCAAGGCUCUUGCGGAAGAAGCUGCCAAAAAGGGACGAAAUACCUUGCAAGAAGCCAAUGACAUUCUCAACAACCUGAAAGAUUUCGACAGACGCGUGAACGAUAACAAGACGGCUGCAGAGGAGGCACUGAGGAAGAUUCCUGCCAUCAACCAGACCAUCGCCGAAGCCAAUGAGAAGACGAGGGAAGCGCAGCUGGCGCUGGGCAAUGCCGCAGAGGAUGCCACAGAGGCCAAGAAGAAGGCCCACGAGGCAGAGAGGAUCGCGAGUGCAGUCCAAAAGAAUGCCACCAGCACCAAGGCAGAAGCCGACAGAACUUUUGCAGAAGUUACAGAUCUGGAUAAUGAGGUGAACAACAUGUUGAAGCAGCUACAGGAAGCAGAAAAAGAGCUGAAGAAAAAACAAGAUGACGCUGACCAGGAUAUGAUGAUGGCCGGGAUGGCUUCACAGGCUGCUCAAGAAGCCGAGAUCAAUGCCAGAAAAGCCAAAAACUCCGUUACCAGCCUCCUCAACAUUAUUAAUGACCUCUUAGAGCAGCUGGGGCAGCUGGACACAGUGGACCUCAGUAAGCUAAACGAGAUUGAAGGCACUCUGAGCAAAGCCAAAGAUGAAAUGAAGGUCAGCGAUCUUGACAGGAAAGUGUCUGACCUGGAGAAUGAAGCCAAGAAGCAAGAGGCUGCCAUCAUGGACUAUAACCGAGACAUCGAGGAGAUCAUGAAGGACAUUCGCAAUCUGGAAGACAUCAAGAAGACCUUACCAUCCGGCUGCUUCAACACCCCGUCCAUUGAAAAGCCCUAGUGUCUUCAGGGCUGGAAGGCAGCAUCCCCCCGACGGGGGAGCAGUCACGAGGCCACAGAGUGCCUUGACACAAAGAUUACAUUUUUCAGACCCCCACUUCUCUGCUGCUCUCCAUCACUGUCCUUUUGAACCAGGAAAAGUCACAAAGUUUAAAGAGAAGCAAAUUAAACACCCGGAAUCGGGAACAAAGGGUUUUAUCUAAUAAAGUCUCUCUUCCACUCACGUUGCUACCUUACCCACACUUUCCCUUCUGAUUUGCGUGAGGACGUGGCAUCCUGCGUCACUGUGCAGUGGCAUAAGCACAUCGCGUGAGCCCUUGCGUGCCACGGCAGAGCAAGGAGCCCCCCCUCUCAUCGACACCAGCAGGACCUCCUCAGUCUCAGCACUCUUGUUUCUAUGAAGGAAAAGUCUGGCUACUAACAGUAGCAUUGUGAUGGCCAGUAUAUCCGGUCCAUGGAUAAAGCAAAUGCAUCCGCAUCUCCUGCCCCUCUUCCUUCUAAGCAAAAGGAAAUAAACAUCCUGUGCCAAAGGUA